AUGGCCCUACGCACCGCGGAGCGGGCCGCCGUCCUUACGCGGGGGGGGAGGGGAGGGGAAGGGGAGGGGGGGGGAGACGCUCCGCAGCUCCUCGCUCCGUCCUCUCUCUCCCUCGACGUCUCGGCGGUACCGUCGCGCCCGGCUCCUACCUACCCCCGCGCACCGCCCUGCGCGCUACCCGCGGCGGCCGGCCGCGUCCCCGCCGAGCCGGCGCGGCAUCUCCCGGCGCUGCCGGCUUUUGUUCCGCCUCCCGCGGAUGGCGCCGGGCCGGGCCGAGCCGGGCCGGGCCGGGAGCGGAGGGGAGGGCAGGGCAGGGCAGGGGCAGGGCAGGGAGAGCGGCGCUGGCCGCGCCGUCCCGGCAGCGCAGGGCGCACUGCAUGUUCCCGGCAGCCCCGCGGCCGCAGCCUUAUGCACCGCGCGCAGACGUCACCGCUCGCCCCGGCCAAUCGCCGCCGCCGCCGUCGCCUUUCCCCCCCCACCCCCCACCCCCUUCGUCCCCCCCCCCGCGCCCGCCGCGCCGCGCCGCCGCCGGACGGGGCGUCCGCGCCCCUUUAUAGAGCCGCCGGGGCGCCGCCGGCCGCCUCCGCCCGCACCCGGCCCGCACCGCACCGCACGGCGGAGGGACGGGCGGCCCGCUGCCGCUCAGGCCCGGCCGAGGCGCGCCCUGCUCGGAGGCCCGGGAGCGCGCUGCAGCGGGGUGGACAGUACCUUCCUACCCAGCAAGAACCUAUCUUCCUGCUCAGAAAGGAGGAACUGCGUGGACUGUCCUCUACCGAACGCUGUCACCGACUUCCCGUGUGAAGGUGGCUCCGGAGAGCAGAGGCCGAUGCAUCCAACCCGAACCAGCGUAACACGAAAGCACGGCAGCUUGUUUCGCUUACAAACAAGUAAACCUCGUUUCAAGCGGAGAGUCCCUUAUUUAUCCACGCUUCCUUCGGGAGCAGCCCCGAACCCUGGUGAACAGUUUUACAAAGUAUGUUUCUCCUGCUUGUGAAAUGACAGUGUUUUCACUGAUGACAACUGUCUGAAGGAGCUAUUCCGUGCUGAUCUGCCUCGUGCUGGGAGCGCGGUGAUGUCAUAUGCAUAUGAAAAUGGGAACUUCCCGAGAUGUUCAGACUCAGAAACUCUGAGUCUGCAGAAUUCCCUACCAAUGUGUAUUUUCAGUUGUUGAAAUAAAAUCUUCAUUGCUCUAAUUAGUUAUUAUUUGUAAAGCCUAAAAGAUUCCGGAAUAAAUGGCUGAAAGAAAUUCUCAUGGCUGUUAGAUAAAAGUGUUACUAAUAAUGAAGAUGGCUGGUGAGAAGACAUCACCCCUAAUGAUGUAUGAUUUAUCUCCUUAAGGGUGUGCUA